AAAGAUUUGGAAAAUUUAGCAAGAUUCUGGCAUCACCCAGUUUGUUUCAGAAAUUGUUCCAGUUAUCACUUGAGUUAAAUUAAAAAUAUUCACCGUAACACAAAAGUUAAACUUAAUGAAAACUUACCAGAUGGCAGUAAAACUGCUCCUGCAGAUCUACAACAGGUCAAGGAUGCUUUAAUCUGUAGUGAUAAGGGAAAUACAGAAAACAAGUUUUUCUUUGUUUUAGAUAUUUGAUGUUCCAUAAAUCUGCAAAUAUUUAUUCGCAUGUCUGCAGAUGGGAUUGCAGUUUCCUACAUGGUAGUUUAGUUGAGGAGGUGGAUGGGCAUACGGCAGUUCUUUAUCACCGACUUCAGCUAGACUGGUUCCCAAUGUUUGUGUGGCCUCGUGAUCUUUGUUAUGUGCGAUACUGGCGCCGAAAUGAUGAUGGAAGUUAUGUUGUUUUAUUUCGCUCUAGGGAACAUGAAAACUGUGGUCCACAGCCUGGGUGUGUUCGGGCACAUAUUGAAAGUGGAGGAUUUAAUAUUUCCCCCUUAAAACCUCGAAAUGGGAGGCCCAGGACACAAGUCCAGCAUCUUAUGCAGAUUGAUCUGAAGGGAUGGGGUGUGGGUUACUUGUCAUCUUUUCAGCAGUAUUGUGUCCGUCAAAUGUUAAAUAGUGUAGCUGGUUUACGUGAAUGGUUUGCUCAAUCAGAUGAAAGAAAUGCUCAUCCAAGAAUUCCUGUCAUGGUUAAUAUGUCCUCAACAGCUGUUUCUUCAAAGAAGAAUCAGAAGCCAAAUGAUUUUUCUGUCAAUCCUACUUCUCUUGAUCAAAUGAAUGCUACAAGCAGAAGUUCUGCCUUGAUAGAUGAAUAUUCUGAUGAUGAAGAAGAUUUUCAAAUAGCAGAACCUGAACAAGAGGCAUACCAAAUUGGUCUUGAGAAUGAUGUGAGAAAAACAGCCUUGGAAGAAGAACCGGCACAUGAAAUUGACUUUUCUUCCUUUUCGGGCAAUUUGCGCCGAGAUGACCGUGAUAAUGCUCGGGACUGCUGGAAAAUUUCUGAUGGAAACAACUUCAGAGUCAGAAGCAAGCAUUAUUGCUAUGACAAAACAAAGAAGGUUCCUGCUGGAAAACAUAUGCUGGACCUUGUUGCUGUUGAUUGGUUUAAAGACUCAAAAAGAAUGGACCAUGUGGCUAGGCGUCAUGGUUGUGCGGCGCAAGUUGCUUCAGAAAAAGGAUUUUUCUCCAUUGUUAUUAAUCUUCAAGUGCCUGCAUCAACACACUAUAGUAUGGUAUUUUAUUUUGUGACAAAGGAGUUAGUUUCUGGAUCCCUCUUGCAUCGCUUUGUUGAUGGUGAUGAUGAGUUUCGAAACAGCAGGUUUAAGCUCAUACCAUCAGUCCCAAAGGGCUCAUGGAUUGUACGCCAGAGUGUUGGUAGUACUCCUUGUUUACUGGGAAAGGCGGUUGAUUGCAACUAUAUUCGGGGUCCCAAGUAUUUAGAAAUUGAUGUUGAUAUUGGUUCUUCUACUGUUGCUAAUGGAGUUUUGGGUCUGGUUAUUGGUGUGAUUACAACAUUGGUGGUUGAUAUGGCUUUUCUUGUACAGGCAAAUACACCUGAUGAAUUGCCCGAGAGGCUUAUUGGAGCUGUUCGUAUUUCUCAUUUAGAGCUCAAAUCUGCCAUCGUCCCAAAACUGGAACCAGAUCCAUCAUGACUGACCGAGUCGUUUCUGUUCUUCUAUACAAAAUCAUUUGUUUGCAAUAUGCAGGUGUACCAUUUUUUUUCCACUGUGAUUUAGGUUCAUUGUUUUAUAAUUGGGUUCUUCUAUGAAAUCUUAAAAGGAAAUUCUUCUUUCCUUUUCCCCCUUUCUUGGUUUUUUUUUUUUUGUAGUUCAUUUAAGUGUUAAGCUGAUAGGAUCUGUAUUUUGUCAAUGUAUUCAUAUUCGGAUAUAUUUCAUCUGAUUAUGAAGUAUUGCCAUAUAGUUCUAAAAAAAAAUUUUGUAACUCCCAGUAAGUUAGAAGAAAAAGGGAAAGUUUUCGGUCAUUUCAUCCCGUCAUGGAAUUUGCUCGUGUAAUAAUGUACAUAGUUUCUCCUUCAUGACAUCUCUCAUCACCAAAGAUUGUAUCUACAUUUUGUAGUAAUGCAGUUUCUUUCUCAUUUCUAAGGUUUUA